CCCGCCUCUCCGCGCGCGCUUCUGUUGCCCGGUGCGCGCGCAGCGGCGCUCGCUCCCGCCGGGGCAGGGCGGCCGCGGAGCAGCUAGAAAGCCCUGUGGCCGUGACCGCGGGCGGGCCCGUGAUCCGGAGCCGGCCUUACGGGGCCGGAGCCCGCGGCUGGGGGAGGCGCGCGGAUAGAGCCGGGCGCGAGGCCGCCGCCAGGGUCGGGGCCGCGCUGAGGAGGCUGAGGAGGCGCUGAGGAGACUGACGAGGCACUGAGGAGUCGCUGAGGAGACGCUGAGGAGGCUGACGAGGCGCUGAGGAGACUGAGGAGGCGCUGAGGAGACUGACGAAGCUGAGGAGGCUGAGGAGAAAAUCCCCGCGCGCCUGCCCGCCGCCGCCGCCGCCCGGCCUCCCGCGCCCGCCCGCCCGCCGCCGCCUCCUCGGUGCGGUUCCUCCAGGUUCGAGCGGCGGCCGCUGAGGAGCCCUCCGCCGGCGAACAAAGAGGAGGCCGGCAGGGCGGGGGCGUCUGCGGCGAGCAUGGCGGACCGCAGCCUGGAAGGCAUGGCUCUGCCGCUGGAGGUGAGGGCCCGGCUGGCCGAACUGGAGCUGGAGCUGUCGGAAGGUGACAUUACACAAAAGGGAUAUGAAAAGAAGAGGUCAAAAUUAAUUGGAGCUUACCUUCCUCAGCCUCCAACAGCGAAUGGAGCUGCCGUGGUUCGGUGUAGACUGCAGCCCGGUGAAGGCGUGCCGAGGAGACCGUUCCGCUCCACCCACAUCGGGGUGUGCGACAUCAGAGAAGCUGCGGCCCGGGAGCGGGCAGCCAGUGCAGCGGGGAAUCGGCCUCUGUUUUACUUUCGUUUCGGAGUGGACCAAGCUUUGCCUCAAGAGCGAAGGGCACCCGUCACUCCUUCUUCAGCCUCUCGAUACCACCGCAGAAGAUCCUCAGGCUCUCGAGAUGAACGUUAUAGGUCAGAUGUUCAUACAGAAGCUGUCCAGGCAGCUCUUGCUAAACACAAAGAAAGGAAGAUGGCAGUGCCCAUGCCUUCCAAACGAAGAUCCCUGGUUGUACAGACCUCUAUGGAUGCCUAUACACCCCCAGAUACCUCUUCUGGUUCAGAAGAUGAAGGCUCAGUACAGGGUGAUUCCCAAGGAACCCCGACCUCUAGCCAGGGCAGCAUCAACAUGGAGCAUUGGAUCAGCCAGGCCAUCCAUGGCUCUACUACAUCAACCACCUCCUCUUCCUCCACUCAGAGUGGGGGCAGUGGAGCAGCACAUCGGCUGGCAGACGUCAUGGCCCAGACACACAUAGAAAAUCAUUCUGCACCUCCUGAUGUAACCACAUACACCUCAGAACACUCAAUACAAGUGGAAAGGCCUCAGGGCUCUACCACAUCCCGGACAGCACCAAAGUAUGGCAAUGCUGAGCUCAUGGAGACUGGGGAUGGUGUACCAGUAAGUAGUCGGGUAUCAGCAAAAAUUCAACAGCUUGUCAAUACCCUUAAACGACCGAAGCGGCCCCCAUUACGGGAAUUUUUUGUUGAUGACUUUGAAGAAUUGUUAGAAGUUCAACAACCAGAUCCAAACCAGCCAAAGCCAGAAGGUGCCCAGAUGCUGGCCACAAGAGGGGAGCAAUUGGGAGUGGUCACGAACUGGCCACCCUCUUUAGAAGCUGCACUACAGCGAUGGGGGACCAUCUCACCAAAGGCCCCCUGCCUGACAACCAUGGACACAAAUGGAAAACCCUUGUACAUCCUCACUUACGGCAAACUAUGGACAAGAAGUAUGAAGGUUGCAUACAACAUUCUACAUAAAUUAGGUACAAAGCAAGAACCUAUGGUACGGCCUGGAGACAGAGUGGCGCUCGUGUUCCCCAACAAUGACCCUGCUGCUUUCAUGGUGGCCUUCUAUGGUUGCCUUCUGGCUGAAGUUGUUCCUGUCCCCAUUGAAGUGCCACUCACAAGAAAGGAUGCAGGAAGCCAGCAGAUAGGUUUCUUGCUUGGAAGCUGUGGAGUAACUGUUGCUUUGACUAGCGAUGCCUGUCACAAAGGACUUCCAAAAAGCCCAACAGGAGAGAUCCCACAGUUCAAAGGUUGGCCAAAGCUGCUAUGGUUUGUCACAGAGUCUAAACACCUCUCUAAACCUCCUCGGGACUGGUUUCCACACAUCAAAGAUGCAAAUAAUGACACAGCUUAUAUUGAGUAUAAGACGUGUAAAGAUGGAAGCGUUCUUGGGGUGACUGUGACGAGGAUAGCACUGCUGACACACUGCCAGGCACUCACACAGGCCUGUAGCUAUACAGAAGCUGAAACCAUUGUGAAUGUUCUAGACUUCAAAAAGGAUGUGGGGCUUUGGCAUGGCAUACUGACAAGUGUCAUGAACAUGAUGCAUGUCAUCAGCAUCCCGUACUCGCUGAUGAAGGUAAACCCUCUCUCCUGGAUCCAGAAGGUCUGCCAGUACAAAGCAAAAGUGGCUUGUGUGAAAUCAAGAGACAUGCAUUGGGCACUUGUAGCACAUAGAGAUCAGAGAGAUGUCAACCUGUCCUCCCUUCGCAUGCUAAUAGUGGCUGAUGGAGCAAAUCCCUGGUCUAUUUCUUCUUGUGAUGCGUUUCUCAAUGUCUUCCAGAGUAAAGGCCUUCGACAGGAGGUCAUCUGUCCCUGUGCCAGCUCACCAGAGGCCCUCACUGUGGCAAUCCGGAGGCCCACAGAUGACAGCAACCAGCCACCAGGGCGGGGUGUGCUAUCCAUGCAUGGGCUGACCUAUGGUGUGAUCCGUGUGGAUUCAGAGGAGAAGCUGUCUGUGCUCACAGUGCAGGAUGUCGGCCUUGUCAUGCCUGGAGCCAUCAUGUGUUCAGUGAAGCCAGAUGGUAUUCCUCAGUUGUGCAGGACAGAUGAAAUUGGGGAGCUCUGUGUCUGUGCAGUUGCCACAGGAACAUCAUAUUAUGGUCUCUCUGGCAUGACCAAGAACACCUUCGAGGUAUUUCCCAUGACAAGCUCCGGGGCUCCAAUCAGUGAAUAUCCAUUCAUAAGGACAGGUUUGCUGGGAUUUGUUGGUCCUGGAGGCCUUGUCUUUGUGGUGGGUAAGAUGGACGGCCUGAUGGUAGUCAGUGGACGAAGACACAAUGCCGAUGACAUCGUAGCCACAGCCUUGGCUGUAGAGCCCAUGAAGUUUGUCUAUAGAGGAAGGAUAGCUGUGUUCUCGGUGACUGUCCUUCAUGAUGAAAGGAUAGUGAUUGUGGCUGAGCAGAGACCGGAUUCCACAGAGGAAGACAGUUUUCAGUGGAUGAGCAGAGUGCUCCAGGCAAUUGACAGUAUACAUCAAGUUGGAGUUUAUUGCCUGGCCCUGGUACCAGCAAAUACCCUUCCCAAAACUCCACUUGGUGGCAUCCAUUUGUCAGAAACAAAGCAGCUUUUCCUAGAGGGCUCUCUCCACCCCUGUAAUGUCCUGAUGUGCCCACACACCUGUGUCACAAAUUUACCUAAACCACGGCAGAAGCAGCCAGAAAUUGGCCCCGCCUCUGUGAUGGUGGGAAACCUGGUGUCUGGAAAGAGGAUUGCUCAGGCUAGUGGCAGAGACCUGGGUCAGAUAGAGGACAAUGACCAGGCCCGGAAGGUGAGAACCGAGUUCCUGUUCCUGUCAGAGGUCUUACAGUGGAGAGCGCAGACCACCCCAGACCACUUGCUAUACACACUGCUCAAUUGUCGGGGAACAAUAGCAAACUCCUUGACGUGUGUUCAGCUUCACAAGCGCGCAGAGAAGAUAGCAGUGAUGCUGAUGGAAAGGGGCCACCUGCAGGAUGGAGACCACGUGGCAUUAGUCUACCCUCCAGGAAUAGACCUUAUUGCUGCGUUUUAUGGUUGCCUGUAUGCAGGCUGUGUGCCAAUCACCGUGCGACCUCCACAUCCACAGAAUAUUGCAACAACAUUGCCUACAGUCAAGAUGAUCGUAGAGGUGAGUCGCUCUGCUUGUCUCAUGACAACACAACUGAUUUGUAAAUUGCUGCGGUCCAGAGAGGCAGCAGCAGCUGUAGAUGUCAGGACAUGGCCCCUCAUACUGGACACAGAUGAUUUGCCAAAGAAGCGGCCUGCCCAAAUCUACAAACCUUCUAACCCAGACACGCUGGCUUACCUUGACUUUAGUGUGUCUACAACUGGAAUGCUAGCUGGUGUAAAGAUGUCUCAUGCAGCCACCAGUGCCUUUUGCCGUUCUAUUAAGCUGCAGUGUGAACUUUACCCUUCUAGAGAAGUGGCCAUCUGCUUGGACCCUUACUGUGGGCUUGGAUUUGUCCUCUGGUGUCUCUGCAGUGUAUACUCGGGGCAUCAGUCCAUUUUGAUUCCACCCUCUGAGCUGGAGACCAACCCUGCCUUGUGGCUUCUUGCUGUGAGUCAGUACAAAGUCCGGGAUACCUUCUGUUCUUAUUCGGUGAUGGAGCUUUGUACCAAGGGGCUGGGCUCACAAACUGAGUCCCUCAAGGCACGAGGACUGGACCUGUCCCGAGUAAGAACCUGUGUGGUUGUGGCAGAAGAACGUCCCCGAAUUGCCCUUACACAGUCUUUCUCAAAGCUCUUUAAGGACUUGGGACUCCACCCACGGGCUGUUAGCACUUCCUUUGGCUGUAGAGUGAACCUGGCAAUUUGCUUACAGCCCCACCGGCUGUGGACACUGGCCGAGCAGGGGACAUCAGGACCUGACCCUACCACUGUCUAUGUUGACAUGAGAGCCCUGAGACAUGACAGAGUUCGGUUGGUAGAAAGGGGAUCUCCUCACAGCUUACCUCUGAUGGAGUCUGGAAAAAUACUUCCUGGAGUCCGGAUCAUUAUUGCCAAUCCAGAAACUAAAGGCCCACUGGGAGACUCACACCUUGGAGAGAUCUGGGUCCACAGUGCCCACAAUGCCAGUGGCUAUUUUACCAUUUAUGGAGAUGAGUCUCUCCAGUCUGAUCAUUUCAACUCCCGAUUGAGUUUUGGAGAUACCCAGACAAUCUGGGCCCGAACAGGCUACCUGGGCUUCCUGAGGAGAACUGAGCUCACAGAUGCAAAUGGAGAGCGCCAUGAUGCCCUUUAUGUGGUGGGGGCACUAGAUGAAGCCAUGGAGCUGCGGGGCAUGAGGUACCAUCCAAUAGACAUUGAGACUUCAGUCAUCAGAGCCCAUAAAAGUGUCACAGAAUGUGCUGUCUUUACCUGGACAAACCUGUUAGUGGUUGUGGUUGAACUUGAUGGGUCAGAACAGGAAGCCUUGGACUUGGUUCCCUUGGUAACCAAUGUGGUCCUGGAAGAGCAUUACCUGAUUGUAGGAGUGGUGGUCGUGGUGGACAUCGGUGUCAUCCCCAUCAACUCCCGGGGAGAGAAACAACGGAUGCACCUGCGAGAUGGGUUCUUGGCAGACCAGCUGGAUCCCAUCUACGUGGCCUAUAACAUGUAGUCUCGUCACUUUGGCUUCCACAGACUUUUCUACGGAUGUGACCAUUUUUUUCUCAGUGUCCACAGAGACAUGCAGACACUCGGCCACACUUGAAGGAGGAGCUUGGUGUGGUGAGGUUGGGGGAGGACUUCUAGGAGCAGUCACCUGGCAGGGAGAUGAAAUGUGAAUUUACGCUGGAUUUUGCUCAGAAGGACUUUGGAUCACUGCCUUCAGUUUGCUGGAAAAGCUCAUUUUAAGAACUUUCUUUUCUUUGUUUCUUUUUUUUAAUUGAAUAAUAAGUGCUCUCUUCGUAAAUGUGGUAUUUUGUUAAGCCAAAAUAGCGAUUAAAAAAGAAUAUUCUACCCUCCAAAUGGGUUCUUUUAAACAAUUUAUGUAGUGUGACAAAGAAUUGUUUUCUCUGUUUUAAUGUGUCAUGGAAUCUUAAUGACAUGGAUCUGUUACUAAUUUAAGCCAUCGAUAGAUCUCACCCUUCUAGGAGAGUUUACUGAGGUACGAGAACCUUCCAGGUAGCACCUUCUAAUUAGAUUUUAGCAGCUUUCUUUGUCAGAGACACGCUGAAGAAACAGAGGCCAGUUUAUGGCCUUUGAAGUUAACAUAGAACAAGAAGCGAUUAUAAAUAAGGUAUUUCGGCAACUAUCUUGCAGAUAUCUUUGUACUAAACUAAAAAGAUAAAAAUAAGUUAACUUCCUCUAUAUGUAAUUAUGUACAAAAUGUUUAAUUUAUUUUGAUCUCUUUAGAAGUAUAAAAGAGAAAAAACAUUCAAGAAUAUUAAAGUCUUGUAAUGUUUGCUAAUAUAAAAAAGUGUUGUAUUAUCUUGCGUGGAUAGUAUCACAACAAAUAUAUAUAUAUGAAAUAUAAAUUCACUAAUGAACAAAGGAGACUUUAAAGUUUAAAUGCAGAAAUUGUCACUUGCAUGGUGCGCCCUCCACUGUAUUCACACACACUUGGCUGUUUCCGAGCAAUCGCAGGUCGCCAGUAACCCUGUCUUAGACCAGAGACCAGCAAGUGGAGUCACCACCGUCUCUGAGAUGGUGAAGGGAUUUAAAGCUAACAUGCACUAUUUUUUCCUUUGCUGUGAGGAUAACAGUGAAUGCUUUUGUGCCAGCAUGUAUAAAUGACAUUGAGGGGCUCCAGGUUGGCAAAUAGCACUGUUUUCUGAGCUGCAAGAAUUCGUUGCAUAAUGUCAAUUUUAUUUUAUUUUAGCAUUUUGUGUGUGUCACUUUUUAAGAAAAGAAUUUGAUGGUUGGUAAGAAAAGAAUGAUAGCCUGUGCUCAUUUGUACCAGAUAUCAUUCAUUUACCCCUUCCAGUGACCACUGUAAGCAGAUAAAUGUCCAGAACAGCUUUGAGGGAAAAGCUAUGUGUGAUGUCUUCUUCAGAGUGUAGACCCCGCCAACUCUGAUCCUCUGCUUCUGGUAGCUUCCUAGCUUGACCCUGAGUAGCCAACUAUUCCAGGAACUCAAAGUCGAGCUCUGGUUGAAGCAAGGAGUUCUGCUGGUCACAUCCUUGUACUAACUGUUGGUAAAUCAAUCCCUAGUUAUGUGUGCCUACAACUCGACCACUGUAUCCUUCAGUUGAUCUGGCCUAUCUGCACCCAACCAAGGAGGAUGUAUCAGCAUUGCAAGGGGUCUAUUUUGUAAUUGCCACAGUAUGCUCCUGCAGUGGUUCCCAGGACUAGAAAAGCCUGACUAAAAUUGUUGCUGAGCAGAAUGAGGUUCUUGAUUGCGUUAUAGGCAAGUUCUUUGUCUGUCUCAGUUCCAUGCAGUCAACAAUAAGCCCUUUGCUAAAAGAGAGUUUUGUUUGAUUUCUGAGAUCUAAGACUGUUUUGUUUUUAAUUUAAGUGGCACAUUUUAAAAAAUUUGCAUAUGUAAAGCAUUCUUCCAACUCCGUGAAUCAUUUGAUUUUUCAAAUAUUGUUUGCUCAUUGCUAUAUGUUUGUACAUGUUUCAAAUACACAUUCCUACAGUCUGCAGCUUCCCAAGGGGGGGAAUCCCUGCCACAUACAGAAAACAUUUUCUUGAUACAUGUAUACACAUCCUCAUACACACACACAGAGAGAGAGAGAGAGAGAGAGAGAGAGAGAGAGAGAGAGACUCUCCCUCUCUUAAAGGGAACUGGGUUUGACAUUUCAUAUAGGAUACUGUUAGGUAAACAUAAUUGCAGUGUGCAGGAAAUUUUCCAUCUGGCUGAUGUGAGGAAGCAAAGCAAAUUUAGAUGUCACUCAAAACGUACUCUUAACUUUUCACCAUAUCAACUUCACACCCAAGGAGGGCGAAGGCUGCAGUACAGUUGCACAGGCCAUUCACAGCAGGUCUCUUCUGCAUCCUGUCAUCUGUGACAUUAGACUUUAGGUUUGAAAGAGUUGGUGGACUGGGUUGGAAGCUUCAUUGUGCAAGAAAAGGGAAAGAAGACGCUUAUGUACCACCAGUUUCAGCAAUAAAGGAGGAUCGUUGUGUAUUAGAAGUUGUACUGUAGAUAAAUCAUUCAUGAGAAUGUUUUUUAAAAAAAAAAAUGUUUGUCUUGUGACCAUGUGCUUUUGGAGUCAGCCAAAACCGUGUAAUCAACUUGCACAAAAAGAGGGUACACAAUGAACACUGAGACACAGACCUAAUCAAACAGGAGCAGAUUCCUCAUGGUGCUUGUUUAUUAUAUAUAUUUAACCCUGCUUGACACUUUACCCGAGGGGACGGUCCCUUUAUCAGUUGAAUGUUAGCAGCGUUAUUUCAGAGUGUGGUGACUGGUUAGAGAGAACUCAUGUACUCAACCAAUCACAGUUUCAAACAAAAUUUUUAUGUGCAAAGGACAGCAACCUUCUUGUAUGUUCAACCACCAGUACGCUUUGUACAUCUGUGAUAACGCCUGUUUUAUAUUCAAAUGAACAAAUAAAAGCUUUUAUUUUUGUUGCUCUGAAAAUAGCAGUUUCUUAAUUGGUACCCUGGAAAAAAACUGUCUGGGACAGACCACUUCCAUGUGAAGAAGGCAGCGACUCCUGG